ACAAACACGAGUUUUCUUUUCUGACGAAACUGACGAAAGCUGUUCGCGAAUUCGAUGUAUUUUUGAUGUUAUAAAACGAAUAAUUUCGUUAUUAUUUAAUAUCUUUAUUGUAUUCAAUUAGUAAAAAUGGGUUUCCAGAAUAUUUGGUAUUCGCAUCCACGAAAAUACGGCCAAGGAUCUCGAUCUUGUCGAGCUUGCGCCAACAAACACGGUAUUAUCAGAAAGUAUGGAUUGAACCUCUGCCGACAAUGUUUCAGAGAGUAUGCCAGCGAUAUCGGCUUCAAGAAGCUUGACUAAAGAAGAACGUACUAUUCGAAGAUGAACAGCUUUACAUGCCUCUGAAAGUAAUCUAAAAAUUAUGAUAAGGAAUUUCGUGAUGUUUUUUUGUUAUUAUUAAUAAAACAAAAACGACUUA